ACCCAUGAGGCUAGAGGCCGCCGCCAGGAUGGAUCUGUUCAGGAAGCUGUGGAGGGCGAGGAAGCUGAUCCUGGUGGUGCUCAUCCCGCUGUCCCUGCUCCCGCUGCCGCUCAUCCACCCCACCAGCGAGGCCUGUUGCGCGUACGUGCUGAUGGUGACAGCGGUCUACUGGGUGUCCGAGGCCGUUCCCUUGGGCGCUGCCGCCCUGGUCCCAGCCUUCCUCUACCCUCUCUUCGGGGUCCUGAAGUCCAGCGAGGUGGCAGCUGAGUACUGUAAAGACACCACCCUGCUGCUGAUGGGAGUCAUCUGCCUGGCAGCCUCCAUCGAGAAGUGGAACCUGCACAAACGCAUCGCCCUGCGCAUGGUGAUGGUCGCGGGGGCCAAGCCUGGCAUGUUGGUGCUGGGCUUCAUGUGCUGCACAGUGUUUCUGUCUAUGUGGCUCAGCAACACGUCCACCACAGCCAUGGUGAUGCCCAUAGCUGAGGCCGUCCUGCAGCAGCUCAUCUGCACCGGUCUGGCCGACAGUCACGAGGACUCCGAAACUGCUGAUGACGGCGCUGUUUCAGACAAACAAGAGAACCUGAAUAAGAACCAGUUGGAGCUGCUCUACCGCAACGACAGCAGUGACUGCACCAAACGGGAGCUUUCUACACUAACAGAGGUACAGACUGGGGACGUAAAUGGUUUGGGUCUGAUGCCAGUCUCCAACCAGGACUUCAUCCAACACACCAAUGGACACCUGCCGCAGAUUGCGAUCGAAAUCCCAAACGUGAAGCGGGUGAAGACCAGGAGAGACUCCCAGUAUCCCACCAAGAGGGAUCACAUGAUCUGUAAAUGCCUGUCGCUCAGCAUCACCUAUGCCGCGACCAUCGGAGGACUCAUCACCAUCACUGGCACGUCCAGCAACCUCAUCUUUGCCGAGCAGUUUAACAACCGUUAUCCAGAUGCAAAGUCGAUCAACUUCGGAACAUGGUUCAUCUUCAGCUUCCCCAUCGCCAUCAUCAUGCUGGUCCUCACCUGGCUGUGGUUGCACUUCCUCUUCCUUGGCUGCAACUUCAGAGAAACAUGCUCGCUGAGUAAGAAACGCAAAACCAGGAGAGAGAUGCUGUCGGAGAAGAGGAUCCACGAGGAGUACGCGAAACUUGGACCCAUCAGCUACCCGGAGGUGGUGACCGGUGUUUUCUUCAUCCUGAUGACUCUGCUGUGGUUCACCAGAGAACCAGGUUUCGUGCCUGGCUGGACGUCUCUCUUUGAGAAGAAAGGCUACAGGACCGAUGCCACAGUGUCUGUCCUUCUUGGCUUCCUGCUCUUCCUCAUCCCUGCCAGGCGACCCUUCUCCUCCUCUUCCUCCUCCUCCUGCUGUAGAAACGCAGUGGAUGAUUCAGAGUCGGACCCUUUGGCUCCCAUGAUCACCUGGAAGGACUUUCAGAGACUGAUGCCGUGGGAGAUCGUCAUCCUGGUGGGAGGAGGCUAUGCACUGGCCGCUGGUUGUAAGGUGUCGGGCCUGUCGGUGUGGAUCGGCAGACAGCUGGAGCCCAUGAGUGGCCUUCCUCCCUGGGCCGUCACCCUGCUGGCCUGCCUGCUGGUGUCGGCGGUCACUGAGUUUGCCUCCAACCCGGCAACUCUCACCGUCUUCCUGCCCAUCCUGUCCGCGCUGUCGGAGACUCUGCGCAUCAACCCGCUGCACACUUUGAUCCCGUCCACCAUGUGCGUGUCAUUCGGGGUCAUGCUUCCAGUCGGGAACCCCCCCAACGCCAUCGUCUUCAGUUACGGCCACGUGAAGAUCAGCGACAUGGUGAAAGCAGGCUUCGGCGUGAACCUGAUCGGCGUGGCGGUGGUAAUGUUGGCCAUAUCCACGUGGGGUGCUCCCCUCUUUAACCUGAACGAGUUCCCAGCCUGGGCAGAGGCCAGGAACGUCACCGGGAUCUUAUAACCACCGGUGUGAUGAUGGGGCCCACGUGGGAGGAAGAGGGGAAUGAAUCAGUGAGAGACAGAAAGAGAGGAAGAGAAAUGUUUCUGUGUGGAUUUGACAAGCGAAUGGCACACGUUGUGCCGAGAGGAUGGUCUCACUCAGCGUUUAGCCCUUUCUUAGACCGAUUAGAGGGGGCAUGGAUGGAGGGUAGGAGGAGAGGAAAAGGAGAGAGAGAAAAACCCUAUGCUAUUCUUAGAUUUAAACAUUAGAAAUAAAUAUAUAUCCAUGAGCUGGUGUCAAAAUGAAUGCAGGACGUGAAACUGGCCACUAGGUGGAGCUCUGACCUCCAGGGCAAAACUUUUCUUUACCCUCCAUUAAUCUAUGAGGGCAAUCCUGCUCUCACCGAAUCACUGAGGAGAUCCAUAAAAACUACAGCGCUGAUCAAGAAUUGUUAUUUGUAGCUGAUUUAUUGAUUCAUGUUAGGAAAAUGAUGAAUGAUAUUUCUAGAUGCCUGGAAAGUGUUUUAGAGCCACUUCAUGCCUUCCUCUGUGGAGUCGUUUUGGUAGAAAUAAGCCAAAUGGCCACGGACAUGCUUCUUUUUUGUGAUUUUCACUGAGAUUACAGUGUUAAAGAAGAGCUGAGUGCUGUGCUGAAAGAAGAUAAAUGCAUGAAAAGGUGUUUUUAAUGUGGCUGCUAUUCUACUGUCCCCAGUGUCUUUUCAUUAGAGUCUAUAUGAUUUGUAUCUAUAGAGAAAAAAGCGUGUGUAUAUUCAGCUACAAACUGAAAGCACAUACAGUCCAUAGAUGUCUGUAGGUGCUAUCUCCAUUUUCAGUUGGAAAUCUGUCUCCUGAUAUCAGACCGAUGUCUUUACUAUAGCAGAUUUUUCUUCCCUGUCACACUUUGAACAUACACAUGCUCGACAGCUUGUGCCGUUACCCUAUGCCUGUAAUACGAUUGCAACACGAAUGUCUCCUGUGGGAAUUCAACCUCUCACUGUGUUAGUGCCUUGCUGCGAACGCGGAGCAGCGCAAGAACCAAGGAAUAGUUCACUACCAUCCUCCUUAAAUUGUGGAAAGCAAUACAUGCUUUUUAUUCCUGAACAAUAUUGCCUUCUGGGCGUUUAUUACCUUAUUACAGUAAAAUGCAUUUUAUAUUGACUGGAUUUCUGAGCUUUCCUCUGACUGUGCAGCAUAUCAUUUUUCUUAUGUUUCAGUUUUGAAGGCUGAAGAGGUUAGAUGCACACCUGUCAUUAUUAUGUGUAUUCAGCCGGGUUUGACUCCUCCUGCUUUUCAUAAGACACAUCUGGAGAGAUCAGAACGAGAUGAUAAGGUCAUGAAAUCUGAGAAAAUGAUACUCACUGAUCCCCUGAGUUAUGUCCAUGUAAUGAUCCUUAUCAAUGAAAAUUAAUUUUUGCAUUUGCCAGUAGCAGAAAACCCUUUGACUCAUAUUUUAUCAAGCUUCAAUAGCUUGAGUAAUUGUCAUAAAAACAUAUAUUUUUAUGUAAUGCAUGUCUUUGCAAGUUCUGAGUUGUAUUGAAUGCAUCGUCCAAAGUAUUCCCAGCGAGUGAGCGCAGGGGUUAUGUGGUGCAGACGUUUCUCCAAUCAGCCAUUUAUCACACUGUGGUCUGUCAAUGAAAAGGUUUGCGCAUAACAUUUGCUGUAAUAUGCAAAAACAAUGUCAAAGAAAUGCUUGAUACUGUAUUUUUACACAAAUUUGAAAUGUAAUUUGUGGCUUUUUUAUAUCACUACAUUAUAACUGUAGGCGGAAUCAGAAGCGCACAUUUGUCUUUUGUAAUUUAUUCAGUUCUGCAGACAGUUUCGGCGACCUUUGACCCAGCGCCCACACUUCUUUGUAAAUACAUACAGAUUUGUAAUAUAAAGAUAACGUGCCUCUGACUGUUUCUAAAUGAGAUGUUAUAUAUGUUAAACCUCG